AGGUUGCUGGUUGGUGCUCCGAAGGCCAAAGCUCUAGGAGGUCAGAAGUCAAAGGUCACAGGAGGACUCUACAACUGUGACACCACUUCCUCCAGCUGUAAACGUGUGGAGUUUGACAACAAUGGUGAGCUCACCUCUGAACACAUGCACACACACUUAUUUUCUGUCUUCAUCUGUCUACAUAGGUCCUUACAAAUAAAUAGUUUGUUAGUAGAAUCACUAGAUAUUCAACCUUUAAUGAAGAUGUCAUGAUGAUUUUGUGUGUGUAGAGAACCUGAAAACUGAGAGUAAGGAGAACCAGUGGAUGGGUGUAACAGUGAACAGCCAGGGACCAGGAGGAAAGAUUGUGGUAAGUGUGUGUGUGUGUGCACAUGCAUGCGUGCGUUUUAAAUAAUUGAAUUCAAACAUGGCCACUGAUUGGCCCUUGACUUGACUGACAGCUCUGUUAACCAAUCCCUCUCCUCUCUCUCUCCAGACGUGUGCCCACCGCUACCAGAUGCGUCUGUUUGUGAGCACGCCCCAGGAAUCUCGUGACAUCACAGGGAGGUGUUAUGUGCUGAGCCAGGACCUGACAAUCAAUGCCCAGUCUGAUGAGGACGGAGGGAACUGGAGGUUCUGUGAGGGGCGGGCACGUGGGCAUGAGAGGUUUGGCUCAUGCCAACAGGGUCUGUCUGCCACCUUCACUAGGGACUAUGAAUACCUAGUGUUUGGAGCUCCUGGAGCAUACGACUGGAAAGGUAGGGGAGAGGAGUAUGAGUGUGUAUGAAAGGAUUCAAAACCCUAGACAAGAUCAGAUAGGUUUCAAGUUGUAUUUGUCACAUGCACAAGUACAGUGAAAUGCUUAACUUGCAAGCCCUACCCAACAGUGCAGUAUUCACAGGCAUGUCACCCGAGAUACAAGUCAGUAUUAGACGUCCGUCCGUGUCUGAGGACAUUGGGAGAUGACGUGGAAACAGGCCACUAGAGGGAGCAGUGAGUGCUGUUACCUUCAAGUAGAGGUUGGGUUAGGGGUCAGGGUAAGGUUAUGGUCAGGGGCUAGAGGUAGGGUUAGGGGUCAGGGUAAGGUUAGGAGUCAGAGGUUAGGGUUAGGUAGAUUAGCAUAGUCCGCAUGGGCCCUUCCACUUUCAAUCAGCUGAUGCUCAAAUACACUGCUCAAAAAAAUAAAGGGAACACUUAAACAUCACAAUGUAACUCCAAGUCAAUCACACUUCUGUGAAAUCAAACUGUCCACUUAGGAAGCAACACUGAUUGACAAUAAAUUUCACAUGCUGUUGUGCAAAUGAAAUAGACAACAGGUGGAAAUUAUAGACAAUUAGCAAGACACCCCCAACAAAGGAGUGGUUUUGCAGUUGGUGACCACAGACCACUUCUCAGUUCCUAUGCUUCCUGGCUGAUGCUUUGGUCACUUUUGAAUGCUGGCGGUGCUUUCACUCUAGUGGUAGCAUGAGACGGAGUCUACAACCCACACAAGUGGCUCAGGUAGUGCAGCUCAUCCAGUAUGGCACAUCAAUGCGAGCUGUGGCAAGAAGGUUUGCUGUGUCUGUCAGCGUAGCGUUCAGAGCAUGGAGGCGCUACCAGGAGACAGGCCAGUACAUCAGGAGACGUGGAGGAGGCCGUAGGAGGGCAACAACCCAGCAGCAGGACUGCUACCUCCGCCUUUGUGCAAGGAGGAGCAGGAGGAGCACUGCCAGAGCCCUGCAAAAUGACCUCCAGCAGGCCACAAAUGUGCAUGUGUCUGCUCAAACGGUCAGAAACAGACUCCAUGAGGGUGGUAUGAGGGCCCGACGUCCACAGGUGUGGGUUGUGCUUACAGCCCAACACCGUGCAGGACGUUUGGCAUUUGCCAGAGAACACCAAGAUUGGCAAAUUCACCACUGGCGCCCUGUGCUCUUCACAGAUGAAAGCAGGUUCACACAUAGCACAUGUGACAGACGUGACAGAGUCUGGAGACGCCGUGGAGAACGUUCUGCUGCCUGCAACAUCCUCCAGCAUGACCGGUUUGGCGGUGGGUCAGUCAUGGUGUGGGGUGGCAUUUCUUUGGGGGGCCGCACAGCCCUCCAUGUGCUCGCCAGAGGUAGCCUGACUGCCAUUAGGUACCGAGAUGAGAUCCUCAGACCCCUUGUGAGACUAUAUGCUGGUGCAGUUGGCCCUGGGUUCCUCCUAAUGCAAGACAAUGCUAGACCUCAUGUGGCUGGAGUGUGUCAGCAGUUCCUGCAAGAGGAAGGCAUUGAUGCUAUGGACCGCCCGUUCCCCAGACCUGAAUCCAAUUGAGCACAUCUGGGACAUCAUGUCUCGCUCCAUCCACCAACGCCACGUUGCACCACAGACUGUCCAGGAGUUGGCAGAUGCUUUAGUCCAGGUCUGGGAGGAGAUCCCUCAGGAGACCAUCCGCCACCUCAUCAGGAGCAUGCCCAGGCGUUGUAGGGAGGUCAUACAGGCACGUGGAGGCCACACACACUACUGAGCCUCAUUUUGACUUGUUUUAAGGACAUUACAUCAAAGUUGGAUCAGCCUGUAGUGUGGUUUUCCACUUUAAUUUUGAGGGUGACUCCAAAUCCAGACCUCCAUGGGUUGAUACAUUUGAUUUCCAUUGAUCAUUUUUGUGUGAUUUUGUUGUCAGCACAUUCAACUAUGUAAUGAAAAAAGUAUUUAAUAAGAUUAUUUCAUUCAUUCAGAUCUAGGAUGUGUUAUUUUAGUGUUCCCUUUAUUUUUUUGAGCAGUGUAUAUAAACCAUAGUGACCUCUAGUGGAAGCAAAACCACAAUGAUAAAAUGUUGAAUUUAGAUUAGGGUCAUAUCAUGUACUUUUUCACUUUUAUUUUCAGCUCAUGAUUCAUAUAUUGUAUUUAUUACGUGUUAUUUAUUACGUGUUAUUUAUUUAUUAUGUGUUAUUUAUUUAUUGCGUGUUAUUUAUUACGUACUAUUUAUUUAUUUAUUUAUUAUGUGUUAUUUAUUUAUUGCUUGUUAUUUAUUACGUAUUAUUUAUUUAUUUAUUUAUUUAUUACGUGUUAUUUAUUUAUUACGUGUUAUUUAUUACAUGUCAAUUAUUAUGUGUUAUUUAUUCAUUCCGUGUUAUUUAUUUAUUACGUGUUAUUUAUUUAUUACGUGUUAUUUAUUUAUUGCGUGUUAUUUAUUACGUAUUAUUUAUUUAUUACGUGUUAUUUAUUUAUUACGUGUUAUUUAUUACAUGUCAUUUAUUAUGUGUUAUUUAUUUAUUACAUGUUAUUUAUUUAUUACGUAUCUCCAUCCCCCCUUUCCUCACUUUCCUAUCCCUCAUCCUCCUCUCCAUUAAUCCCUCCCUCCCCUCCCUCCCCCUCCCUCCCUCCCUCCCUCCCUCUCUCCAGGUAUGGUGAGAGUAGAGCAUAAGAACAACACUCUGUUGGAGAUGCGUUCGUAUAAAGACGGGCCCUAUGAGGUGGGUGAUGAGAACCAGUUAAACCCAGACCUGGUCCCUGUGCCCCCUAACAGCUACCUGGGUAGGUACCCCUGCAUUCUUUCAUCCCUCAUCCCUCUCUCCCUCCCUCCCUCCCCUCCCUCCUCGAUGUGUGCUCUUCAUGACCAGUGUGUCCAGCACCAGCAUGAACAGUUUGUGUACAAGUCACUUCCUCCUCAGGUUGCUAUGGAGACCAAUGUGACAGCCAAUAGCUACUUAGGAUUGUAAGACUAUCUGGGUGAUGACAUCAUGCUCUCUAGAGAAAAUAAUAUCACUCCGUACACUAGUCCUCAUCAUGCACAGUGGCCUGAGCUAGGCGUGGUGCAGAUGAUCAGAGCUAGAAAUCACAUCCACUUCCAACCAACUGGGCUUGAAUAGAUCUAUAUGAUGGAGAGAUCAGUGAAUCUGUACAGCGCCUAGCUUUGGCGGAUCCUUGUAGGAAAGCAGAAUGCAACAUAUUGGUGUCAUCAGUCGUGUUGGUGUGAUGCCAAGACCAGGUGCUGUUUGUUAGUGUUUCUGUUUGGUUUGGUCCCUUCAUGUUGUGUCAUGCAUGGUCAGUACAACAUUAUUUUGAACGUUGUCUUUUAUUGCUUGUCCAUCUACAUCUACAGCCACAGUCAGUCACUGGCUGCGUUUACACAGGCAGCCCAAUUCUGAUAUUUUCUUCACUAAUUCAUCUUUUGACCAAUCAGAUCAGCUCUGAUAAAGAGCUGAUGUGAAAAGUUCUGAUGUGAAAGACAAAUUAGUGAAAAAAUAUCAGAAUUGGGCUGCCUGUGUAAACUCAGUCAGUGUUCCAUCCAUAUCUGUACAGUGCAUCAAACAUUUAGUAAAGCACCAUCUCACCUGAAGCAUGUCUGUAUUUAUGUGGCCAUACAUUGACUGACGGAUUGAUUGAUUGGUGAAUCAUCUCUCUCCUAUCAGGCUUCUCUCUGGACUCGGGGAAGUACAUCACUAAGAAGGGUCAGCUGACAGUGGUUGCAGGGGCUCCGAGAGCCCAUCACAGUGGAGAGGUGGUGUUGCUAAAGAAGGAGUCCGAUGUAUCCUCCAUGCUGUCACCAGAGUACAUCCUGGAAGGGGAGGGGCUAGCCUCAUCGUUCGGCUACGACCUUGCUGUGGUGGAUCUCACUGGAGACGGGUACGAGAAGACAAGACCAUGAUACUAUUUCCAGGGCCGGCGUAAUGGGCGGGCCCCUACCGUACCUCCUUGCCCAUCCAAAUAACAUAUUGAAUAUUAAUUAUUUAUUUGACCGAGACCCACGCAGACAGAAAGAAGAAUCAAUCUCAGAUAAAGCAUCCGAGCGAGCGAAACAGCGCCCCUCUGUCUCAGUAUGUGUAGAAGAGUAUGGCAUGUCAUACUUUUUCUGACCAGACUGGAUCAGAUACAUGGGCUACAUAUAGUAAGACAGAGGGGCUCUGUUUCGCUCACUCAGAUGCUUUCUCCUGUGAGAGAGUUUCAGCAGAAAGGAAGAGGCGAAGCGAGAGGGCUCACUCUUGCCAAAAUCUGUCCAGAAUAAGUCCAAUGCGUUUCUUUGGGCAUAAUAUGCAGACCUAAGUUUUUCGCCUGCCUUCCCGCCUUUGGGACAACGACUCCCAUUGUCAGGGCGGAAACAUGAGCAUCUUGUCAUUCCCCCGUAUGCACUCACUAACUCUAAGUCGCUCUGGAUAAGAGCGUCUGCUAAAUGACUAAAAUGUAAAAAAUGAUAUACAGAUCUCUCGUUUCAGACUCUUGUGAAUUGGAAAGGACAGUUGGCAGGGUGUACAGUGCACUGUUAGGAUAAUGGCUUGCCCUUAAGUAAAUUGAUUUAUAUAAUUACUACGGUCUAAAUAAAAACAUUCAAAAUACUUCACCAGAGAGCAUGACUUAGCCACAGAGUAUCAUUAACUUGUUUUUUAAAAUAGCUGUGGGGGAUGAAUACUUUUGCAAACCACUGUAUGUCACCAGUAGGCCUGGUAAAUGUACCGUUAAUUCCCCCAUCAUUUGGUUAUAUUAAUUUCUGUUAAUGCAUGUAUUAAUUACAGUCAUUUACCAUUUUCAUUCUCCGAGUGGAAACGUUGUUUGCAAAGUCCACAACCUGCUACACUUGUGAGAAACAAGUUAAUGUAGGAAAGUGCCCAUUUGGCAAUGUCUGAUUUCUGAUUGUCUUAACUCACCACGUCCACCACUAAUACGAUUCUCAGUAAUUUUUCCUUCAACUCACACAGUAAGUCAACAAAGCCUGUUUUUUUUUACAUCCAUUGCGAAUGAUUAAAAAAAAAUAUUUGAAAAAUCUUUCCAACACUCCCAGCCUUGUUGUGGUUGUAGAGCAAAAUGGAGAGCACCAUUGUGUUCGUGAGAAUCUGCCCUUUCCACAUUAGUUAAACAGAAGUUGGCACAUCGACGGUACCGAUGUGAGACUAGUACGGUACCGACCUCAGACGAGUCCCGUGUUUAUGAGAGUCUCAUCUUUCCAUAGAGUGGUCAUAUUAGUUGGACGCUACAGCCGUUUUUGUGAGAAUACCGAUUUUUGGGAUGUCUCCUGAUCUGACAAACACCGCUGUAGCUCGGCCACCUUCCACCGCAGAUGUGGAAGGCCGUCAUAAGGCAGCUACAAGCUCCACUCCGAUGAUCUACGUGCAUGAGUGGACGUGGGUGGAGUCGUUUUCUGGGGGGCAACGGACUCGUUUUGUUGCGUUCACCCCAGAGAGGAAGUCCACCUUGUGUAGUGUAUAUCCACUAGGGGGCUUGGGGAGCCAGAGUAGCUUACCAAGCAAGGCCGAGGCACUCUUUUUGACUCUAACUAGUGAUGACAUCAUGUCAGCUUAGUCUGGUGUUAUAUGCUUAACGACACUGCUUUUUAGCCACAGAAGCAGAAAUGUCUCUUUUUGAAUUACAAUUGCCGCAAAAUUGGCAGAAAUCGGCAGAGAUUUUGGGAAUCAUUGGAAUUAUCAGUUUUUUGCAGGAGCUGUCGACGGAAAACAUAUUAGGAUCCGAGCUCCGACAAACUCGGUCAGUGAGUACUACCAAUACAAGGGCUUUUGAGAUGCGGGAAUCUUCUCACAAAGCAAGUUCGGCUCCCAACUCAUUGUAGGCCAGCUGCCGCUACCAAGGCCAUAGUGUUUGCCAGGGACCCAAACACCAAGCCCCUAUGUCUUCGUGGGAUAUGAGGCAUUCCUUCUGAGGGUAAACCUGAUGCGACCAUAUCCAGGUAAGAUACGCUAAAUACAUGUGACUAUAUAAAAUUAUACCAAUAUAGAUGUUGUAAUGAUAUGCAUACAAGUGAUCAGACAUCUUAGAUAUUCUACACAGUUGUUACUGUACACAUUUGAAGCCUUCAUGGUCCUGUUCAUUACUAAUGGAAAGACUUAUUUUAUUCAAAGGUUCUUCUGGCCUUGAUGACACAGAGAUCUAUAACUACCGCCACUCAAGAGCCAGAAGAAUUUCAGAGAACUGCUUUGGAGGAUCCUUUGGAGGAUCCUAGGAAGAGCCCUUGAGGUUGCCCCAGAGAAAGCUGAGACCAUUGUGAUAGCCUGCGUGGCCCUCCACAAUAAACUUUGGACCCCAGACGCUACAGACAUUGACAACACAGUCAUCAACACGGUACAUCCACUCCACAACCACUAGGGACCUGCGUCCAGGAGAGGGGAGACAGCUUCCUGGACCCAAGAAAAAUGUAAAUGUGGGAGUGUGGUUUGGAAAACGUGCGCACACACGUUCUCUUCUUCUGGUUGAUGUCUGUUUAUAUGUUAUGUUCUGAGCUACACACUUGGUUUUGCUGUUUGGAUUUUGCAGUUUUUCUUAUUCACACUUUACAAAUCACAAUAAAGAGUAGCAUAAUGACCGUCACUUCAUCCUGGUUGUUUUAGUUUUUCAUAUUUUUAGGAGGCUAGACCCUCAAGACAUUUACCUAACCUUGUGUAAUGUGUAGUGGCCUUUCAAUGAGGACUUUCCUAUGGUACGUGGGUGACAAUGACUGUCCAACUGUAGACAAUAAAUACAGACCCCCAAGACAUUGACCAACUACAUAGCUCAUUUACAAAGCAGUACACGUUUACUGAGUGACUGAUUCAAAACACUUUUCUGCCACAAGUAGACCUUUUAGAUAUUUAUUUACUAUCACAAGAAGAAAAUAGUGAUAUGUAAAACAAUGUAAUACACAGGUGAAAAGUGUGAUGAAAGGGGAAAUAAGAGAAAAAACACAAAGUAAAAACCAGUAACGUGAAUGAGGAAUUAAGUAAAAUCAAAUCAAAUUUUAUUUGUCACAUGCGUCGAAUACAACAGGUGUAGACCUUCCCGUGAAAUGCUGACUUAUAAGCCCUUAACCAACAAUGCAGUUUUAAGAAAAAUAAGAGAUAAGAAAAGAUUUACUAAAUAAACUAAAGUAAAAAAAGAAAAGAGCAACAAUAACAAUAACGAGGCUAUAUACGGGGGUACCGGUACCGAGUCAAUGUGCGGGGUACAGGUUAGUCGAGGUAAUUGAGGUACAUGUACAGUGAGGGAAAAAAGUAUUUGAUCCCCUGCUGAUUUUGUACGUUUGCCCACUGACAAAGACAUGAUCAGUCUAUAAUUUUAAUGGUACGUUUAUUUGAACAGUGAGAGACAGGACAACAACAACAAAAUCCUGAAAAACGCAUAUUAAAAAUGUUAUAAAUUGAUUUGCAUUUUAAUGACUCCCGAGUGGCGCAGUGGUCUAAGGCACUGCUAGCUGUGCCACUAGAGAUCCUGGUUCGAAUCCAGGCUCUGUCGUAGCCGGCCGCGACUGGGAGACCCAUGGGGCGGCGCACAAUUGGCCCAGCGUCGUCCAGGGUAGGGGAGGGAAUGGCCGGCAGGGAUGUAGCUCAGUUGGAGCAUGGCAUUUGCAACGCCAGGGUUGUGGGUUCGAUUCCCACGGGGGGCCAGUAUGAAAAAAUUAAAAAAAUUAUGUAUGCACUCACUAACUGUAAGUCGCUCUGGAUAAGAGCGUCUGCUAAAUGACUAAAAUGUAAAUGUAAUGAGGGAAAUAAGUAUUUGACCCCCUCUCAAUCAGAAAGAUUUCUGGCUCUCAGGUGUCUUUUAUACAGGUAACGAGCUGAGAUUAGGAGCACACUCUUAAAGGGAGUGCUCCUAAUCUCAGCUUGUUACCUGUAUAAAAGACACCUGUCCACAGAAGCAAUCAAUCAAUCAGAUUCCAAACUCUCCACCAUGGCCAAGACCAAAGAGCUCUCCAAGGAUGUCAGGGACAAGAUUGUAGACCUACACAAGGCUGGAAUGGGCUACAAGACCAUCGCCAAGCAGCUUGGUGAGAAGGUGACAACAGUUGGUGCGAUUAUUCGCAAAUGGAAGAAACACAAAAGAACUGUCAAUCUCCCUCGGCCUGGGGCUCCAUGCAAGAUCUCACCUCGUGGAGUUGCAAUGAUCAUGAGAACGGUGAGGAAUCAGCCCAGAACUACACGGGAGGAACUUGUCAAUGAUCUCAAGGCAGCUGGGACCAUAGUCACCAAGACAACAAUUGGUAACACACAACGCCGUGAAGGACUGAAAUCCUGCAGCGCCCGCAAGGUCCCCCUGCUCAAGAAAGCACAUAUACAGGCCCGUCUGAAGUUUGCCAAUGAACAUCUGAAUGAUUCAGAGGAGAACUGGGUGAAAGUGUUGUGGUCAGAUGAGACCAAAAUGGAGCUCUUUGGCAUCAACUCAACUCGCCGUGUUUGGAGGAGGAGGAAUGCUGCCUAUGACCCCAAGAACACCAUCCCCACCGUCAAACAUGGAGGUGGAAACAUUAUGCUUUGGGGGUGUUUUUCUGCUAAGGAGACAGGACAACUUCACCGCAUCAAAGGGACGAAAGGACGGCGCCAUGUACCGUCAAAUCUUGGGUGAGAACCUCCUUCCCUCAGCCAGGGCAUUGAAAAUGGGUCGUGGAUGGGUAUUCCAGCAUGACAAUGACCCAAAACACACGGCCAAGGCAACAAAGGAGUGGCUCAAGAAGAAGCACAUUAAGGUCCUGGAGUGGCCUAGCCAGUCUCCAAACCUGAAUCCCAUAGAAAAUAUGUGGAGGGAGCUGAAGGUUUGAGUUGCCAAACGUCAGGCUCGAAACCUUAAUGAUUUGGAGAAGAUCUGCAAAGAGGAGUGGGUCAAAAUCCCUCCUGAGAUGUGUGCAAACCUGGUGGCCAACUACAAGAAACGUCUAACCUCUGUGAUUGCCAACAAGGGUUUUGCCACCAAGUACUAAGUCAUGUUUUGAAGAGGGGUCAAAUACUUAUUUCCUUCAUUAAAAUGCAAAUCAAUUUAUAACAUUUUUGACAUGCAUUUUUCUGGAUUUUUUUGUUGUUAUUCUGUCUCUCACUGUUCAAAUAAACCUACCAUUAAAACUAUAGACUGAUCAUGUCUUUGUCAGUGGGAAAACGUACAAAAUCACCAGGGGAUCAAAUACUUUUUUCCCUCACUGUAGGUAGGGGUAAAGUGACUAUGCAUAGAUAAUAAACAGCGAGUAGCAGCAGCGUAAAAAAGGUGGGGGGGUUAAUGCAAAUAGUCCGGGUAGCCAUUUGAUUAGCCAUUCAGCAGUCUUAUGGCUUGGGGAUAGAAGCUGUUAAGAAGCCUUUUGGACCUAGACUUGGCGCUCCGGUACCGCUUGCCAUGCGGUAGCAGAGAGAACAGUCUAUGACUAGGGUGGCUGGAGUCUUUGGCAAUUUUUAGGGCCUUCCUCUGACACCACCUGGUAUAGAUUUCCUGGAUGGCAGGAAGCUUGGCCCCAGUGAUGUACUGGGCUGUACGCAAUACCCUCGGUAGCGCCUUGCGGUUGGAGGCUGAGCAGUUCCCAUACCAGGCGGUGAUGCAACCAGUCAGGAUGCUCUCUAUGGUGCAGCUGUAGAACUUUGAGGAUCUGAGGACCUAUGCCAAAUCUUUUAGUCUCCUGAGGGGGAAUAGGCGUUGUCGUGCCCUCUUCACGACUGUCUUGGUGUGUUUGAUGUGGACACCAAGGAACUUGAAGCUCUCAACCUGCUCCACUACAGCUCCGUUGAUGAUACUGGGGGCGUGCUCGUCCCUCCUUUUCCUGUAGUCCACGAUCAUCUCCUUUGUCUUGAUCACGUUGAUGGAGAGGUUAUUGUCCUGGCACCACACUGCCAGGUCUCUGACCUCCUCCCAAUAGGCUGUCUCAUCGUUGUCGGUGAUCAGGCCUACCACCGUUGUGUUGUCGGAAAACUUAAUGAUGGUGUUGGAGUCGUGCUUGGCCACACAGUCAUGGGUGAACAGGGAGUACAGCAGGGGACUAAGCACGCACCCCUGAGGGGCCCCCGUGUUGAGGAUCAGCAUGGCAGAUGUGUUGUUGCCUACCCUUACCACCUGAGGGUGGCCCGUCAGGAAGUCCAUGAUCUAGUUGCAGAGAGAGGGGUUUAGUCCCAGGGUCCUUAGCUUAGUGAUGAGCUUUGAGGGCACUAUGGUGUUGAUCGCUGAGCUGUAGUCAAUUAACAGCAUUCUCACGUAGGUGUUCCUUUUAUCCAGGUGGGAAAGGGCAGUGUGGAGUGCAAUAGUGAUUGCGUGAUCUGUUGGGUGGUAUGCAAAUUGGAGGUGAUCUAGGGUUUCUGGGAUGAUGGUGUUGAUGUGAGCCAUGACCAGCCUUUCAAAGCACUUCAUGGCUACAGACGUGAAUGUUACGGGUCGGUAGUCAUUUAGGCAGGUUACCUUGGUGUUCUUGGGCACAGGGACUAUGGUGGUCUGCUUGAAACAUGUAGGUAUUACAGACUCGGUCAGGGACAGGUUGAAAAUGUCAGUGAAGACACUUGCCAGUUGGUCAGCGUAUGCUCGGAGUACACGUCCUGGUAAUCCAUCUGGCCCUGCGGCUGGGCUUCCCUUUUGUACAUAAAAAUAUAAACACAUGCAAAAAAAUCCACAGUAAAUUACCCACCACCUUAACGUGUGAAUAAGAAAAAAAACACGUUUUUGGGGUGAGACGGAGGGCUCUGUCUCACUUGAGAGUGGACGGAGCGGACACAGUACUGCUCGAUGGUCCUGUGAAAGUAUAUCGUCAUGACCCUGAGAAACGGGAAACAUUGAUCAUUAGGAAUAGACACCAUCCAUGGUACCAUGCACAGGAGGUUGGUGGCACCUUAAUCGGGGAGGACGGGCUCAUAGUAAUGGCUGGAGCCGAAUAAGUGGAAUGGUAUCAAACGCAUGGUUUCCACAUGAACAAUUCAGUCCCACCAGCGGCAGCCCCACUCCUCAUCUCCUUCACCCUUUUUAGAUUGCGAUCAUACUGGUCCCAAAUCUUUCUCCAUGUUUCUUUGAUAUCAGUGUUGUUGUAAAAAUGUAGUGAUAUCCGUGAUAUCUCCCUCCAGCUGUUGUCUUUUGCGUGAUUGUCCGAAUAUACAACCACAUCGAAGGGUUGUAAAGGUUAUUGUACGUCUCACCAGUUUGCAUAGACGCUCCUCAAAACUGGACAGAGACAUAGACAUAAUUGCGUGUAUCAAAUCAAUAAACUACACUUUCCAUAUCCUUCUAUCUAUCUAUCUAUCUAUCUAAGACAGAAUAUCAUUGUCAGUUUCUCUCUCUCCACAGUGGAGGGUAUCAUGGCUUCUCUCUCUCCACAGUGAGGGAUAUCAUAGUUUGAGCCUCUCAGAUGAUAUUUGAAAUGAGACGAUUAGUUCCAUGUUGAGAUGAUCUCUUUCUCUGUUUCUCUGAGUCAUGUCUCUCUCUCUCUCUCUCUCUCUCUCUGGCUCUAGGUGGCAGGAUAUCGUGGUGGGAGCCCCUCAGUUCUUUGAGAAGGAUGGAAAGGUGGGCGGGGCUAUUUAUGCCUAUAUUAACAAGGGCGGAGUCUGGAGUAAGCUCACACCCACCAGGAUAGACGGACCUCAGGACUCCAUGUUCGGACUGGCUGUAGAAAACCUGGGAGAUCUCAACUUGGACGGUUAUCAGGGUGAGGGGGGUAUGCCUAGCGGUGGGAAGUAGGGUUGCUGGUGGUGGUGCAGCACCCCCUGAUAAAUUGAAAUAAUUUUGGCAAGAUUAGGCUAUCUGAACAGACAUAUAAAUUAAAUAAUUCAAAAUACUGCACCAAAGAGCAUAAUUUCAAAUAAAUAGUUGUGGAUUAAGUUUUAUAACAAGCACUUACAGUCUGGAAGGCAAUUUGGGCAUCAAGCGGGCUAAAUAUAGAACAGUUUGUUGCGUUGUGGCCAUAGAUAUAAUCCAUAGUAGGAUUUUGGAACCUCUUACCCUGGCACUUUGACUGUUAAACUCAUGGGUAUACUAACAAUGGCUGCCAGAUCUGAAUUGCCAUCUAUGUACUCUAUUUCUAUGGUUGGUUGCGGCUGUCAGUUUGCCUUUCACACAUUUCGCCAUCUAUGUACUCUAUUUCUAUGGUUGGUUGCGGCUGUCAGUUUGCCUUUCACACAUUUCUAAAUACAAUCGCGAGAAAAACGUAUGCCUACCGUUUAGAAAGCAAAUGCCUACUGCUGAAAAGAGAAGACCUAUAAAAAAAAAAUCUCAACAAAUUUUGAGCAAUUCUGAGCGAACAGCAGCUUAUUUUGAGAAAUUGGCACAGGCGCAUCGGCCAUCACCGGCGAGUAUCUGCUGCCUUAAUCUUUGUCAUUGGGUGAGUCGGUGUCACUGGAAAGUGUAUUUUGUAGCCUAUAAUAUAUACAGUAUAUACUAUAUAUCAGAGUAUGUUAAGAACAUUUGCAACCGGACAAGUGACUGGGAAGAUUUUAAUUUAUCGGACAUUUGAGAUUGGGUGCUUAACCCAUUAGGGUAUCCACCCACGCACUCAGCUUCAUUAGUAAACAAGGGAUAUUGGCCAAAUGAGCCACAUUACAUCCUUAUAAACAGCCUAUAACAAAUUACAAAAACAUUAUUUGUUGUGUUUCGAUCUAUAGUACAUGCAAAACUUUAUAGCCUAUUGUUUUAUUGGUUUUUGCUUUCCUGAAACAAUAAUUGUCUACCUCACUGUUCAGCUGUCAGAGAUUUGAGCACUAAAUGCAUCAGGGCAUUGCAUGCAUAGGCCUAUAGUCUUAGGUGUCCACUCUAUGAUAUUAAUAUUUACAAAUAAAUAUGAAGGAAUAGAAGCUUAGGCCUAGCCCCAGAGAGAGCGAGAGAAAGAUAUGCAGGCGGCAUGCAACAACACUAGCGGCAUGCAACAACACUAACAUGCAUUUAUUUAGCCUUACCAGAUCGGCUACUGCGUCUGCUAUACAGAUAUAGGCGUACAGAAGGAGGCAAAUUCGUUAUUUUUCGAUCAUAAUAUUUUGUUAUAAAGAUAAGCAUUGUAUUAUUAGAUUAUAGGAGUAACUCUGCUAGGCCUAAAACAUUGUUCCUCACCUUAAGUUCAACUGUCGGAGUCAGUUGCGUGGAGCGCCGGUGCGCACUGCCUUCAUAUCACAGGACUGGAGUAUAACAGGCUAAUAGCCACACCACACCAAACCUACACAAAAGUUUCUAAACUUUAUUAGAGUAAUAUCAACAUUAAGUCAAGACAUUGUUUAUAGGGAAAAUAAAAGCAGGAUAUUAUAGCUCAGCAAACAAACAUUCGUCUACAGUUGGAACUUGAUUUGACCCAAAAGAAUGAAACAAAACACUUGCGAACUGGUUUAAACCUUCACAAAAGUAUUGAACAGGCUAUAUUGCAGCAAUUACUAAGACAGGCUAGUGCCUACCUAACCCUACAAAUUACAGCAGUAGGCUAAUGAUAUUUAUUUUACAAAAGGCCUUAUAACCCAUCUUAAACUAAAUAUGGAGCACACAGAUAUAGGCAUACAGAAGGAGGUUUAUUCGUAAUUUUUUCGAUUAGAAUAUUUUGUUAUAAAGAUAAGCAUUAUAUUGUUAGAUUAUAAGAGUACCUCUGGUAGGCCUGGAACUGUCUUCCUCACCUCAAGGUCAACUGUCGGAGUCAGUUGGAGUGCCGGUGCGCACUGCCUUCAUCGGCCUGCAGUAUAACAGGCUAAUAACCACACCAAACCAUCACAAAAGUUUCUAAACUUUAUAAACAAGAAAGGCUAGUGCAAACCAUACCCAAAUGACAGCAAUAGGCUAAUGAUAUUUAUUUUACAAAAAAGGCCUGCUUAAGAAGCGCGGUUUUGGCGGGUCAUGUUUCGGAGGACGCAUGACUCGACCUUCGCCUCCCGAGCCCGUUGGGGAGUUGCAGCGAUGAGACAAGAUCGAAAAAGGGGGUAAAAUAAAAAAAAUCAUAAAAAAAGCUGGUUUAGGUAAAUGAAUAGGCCUACAAUAAUAACAAUGAUAUACAAUAAUGAUAAAAAAAAAAAUGAUUAUAAAUUGCAUCCUACCUGAAUAGCGAGUUGCACAGUAGCCUGCAUUUGGCCAUUUGUGUGAUAAAAAAUAAUAAUUUGCUAAUGUCUUCUAUCAUGUAUAUGAAGUAGAAUUGAAUGAAAUGUGUUUAUAAAAGGCCCUUUUUUCAGACCCUGCUAAAACAUUUUCCCCAAAUGUAGAAAUCCUAAAAACGUAGCUGUGUGUGUGUAUUCAUAUGUCUGUCUUUGCCUUUGUGUGUAUGUAGACAGUGUGUAAUCCUGACUCUCUCUCUCUGUCAGACAUUGCUGUGGGAGCACCAUAUGAUGACAAUGGGGCAGGGAAAGUGUUCAUCUACCAUGGCUCAGCUCAGGGCAUUAAUAUCAAACCUGCACAGGUGUUGUCAGGGGUGCCAUCAAAGACGAGGUUGUUCGGUUAUUCUCUAGCUGGUAACAUGGACCUGGACAGGAAUUCCUACCCUGACCUGGCCAUAGGAUCUCUCUCCGACUCUGUGUUUGUCUACAGGUAACAAUGGCAAAUAGUAAUCUGUUAGUCAUCUACCCCACAAUGUUUUGUUUUAAAUACAUUCCAUUCGUUCUACUUUUUUUUUGCCACUUUACCUUUAAACACUUGACACUGUGACGUUACUCCAGAGCUCGGCCAGUCAUCAACAUCCAGAAGGUUGUCAAGACAGUGCCAAAGGAGAUUGAUCUGACUAAGAAGAACUGUGGCAACAGCAUUUGGUAAGUUUGCUGUGUUUGUGCUGUUUAUCUGCAUAUGAAAAAGGAUAAACCAUUUAAACCAGUAGAACCAUAUUCAUAAAUACUAAUGACUUUAUGUGUUCCCAGCUUGGAGGUAGAGGCCUGUUUCUCCUACACAGCCAACCCUAAAUCCUAUAACCCCAAACUGAGUAAGACAACACCUUUUGUGUUAUGAUAAAAAUGAAAAUAAAUUCAAUGGGCUUUAGAUCAGUAUGCAAUAAUAACUGCAAUAGUAACUCUCUCUCUCUCUCUCUCUCUCUCUCUCUCUCUCUCUCUCUCUCUCUCCUCUCUCUCUCUCUCUCUCUCUCUCUCUCUCUCUCUCUCUCUCUCUCUCUCCUCUCUCUCUCUCUCUCUCUCUCUCUCUCUCUCUCUCUCUCUCUCUCUCCUCUCUCUCUCUCUCUCUCUCUCUCUCUCUCUCCUCUCCCUCUCCCUCUCCCUCUCCCUCUCCCUCUCCCUCCCUCCCCUACCUACCUACAGCGGUAGCGUACUCCUUUGAAGCGGAGGUGGAGCGUAGGAAGAAGGGUCUUCCCCCCAGAGUAACCUUCUCCACACGUUCCAGCGAGGACCAUGACUACGAGUCCACUGGUGUUCUCACCCUCAGUGCACAGGGCAAGAAGGAGUGUGUCACCGCCAAACUCACUCUACAGGUACUACAUCACAACUCUCAUAACUAGUGACACUGCUAACAGUAAGAAGAGAACGGGAAGAGAGACGGAAAUUAAAUUAGAAAUAUUUCAAGACAGUCUUUCACCAGCCUUGUAGGUGAAAUGUGGACAAGUCUCCUCUAGCCUGUGUCAGUAGUAUUUCAUUACUAUGUAUAUCUGAUCUCUACUCUGUGUGUCUGUCACCAACAGGAGAACAUUAAGGACAAGCUUAGGGGAAUCCCCAUCGAGGUUACCGUGGAGAUACAGAACUCCAAAAGGAAGAGAAGAGCGCUCCCAGGGCUCAUGCCCAUCCUCGACUCCAACCAGCCUAUCACGGCCCGCGCUGAGGUAACCAAUAACAACCGUAACACAGUCUCCUAUUGGGCAGCUUUGGGUCACCUACUGUAUGUGACAGAGAUAUGCAACUGUGGCCUGCUCAAAGCCUGUUCCCUCUGUGUUAGGAAGAGUUUGUGUGAUUGGUAUGUUGUUUUCUGUGUGUGUGUAGGUGAGUUUGUGUGAUUGGCAUGUUGUUUCCUGUGUGUGUAGGUGAGUUUGUGUGAUUGGCAUGUUGUUCCCUGUGUGUGUAGGUGAGUUUGUGUGAUUGGCAUGUUGUUCCCUGUGUGUGUAGGUGAGUUUCCUGAAGGAAGGAUGUGGCAGUGAUAAUGUGUGUCAGAGUAACUUACAGCUUCAGCACCGCUUCUACUACAGAGAACCCAACAAGGACAUCUUCAUUCUACUACCUGUGUGAGUAGGACACGUUAACCUGUGUCACCAACCAUCACCUGGGUGAAUGUAAUCAAUGCUGACAUCGUCUGCUGGUGUCCUUGCAGGGAGAAUGGGGUGCCAGUGGUCUCCCUUAGCGACCAGACGGACAUCGCCCUGGAGAUCACAGUGACCAAUCAGAAUGGAGAUGAUGCUCAUGAGGCGUCAUUGGUUGCCUCCUUCCCCUCCUCUCUCUCCUACUCCGCCUCCCGCUCUGCACCCAACGCAGUGAGUUACCUCUCUCUCCUACCCGCCUCCCGCUCUGCACCCAACACAGUGAGUUACCUCUCUCUCCUACCCUGCCUCCUGCUCUGCACCCAACACAGUGAGUUACCUCUCUCUCCUACCCGCCUCCCGCUCUGCACCCAACACAGUGAGUUACCUCUCUCUCCUACCCGCCUCCCGCUCUGCACCCAACACAGUGAGUUACCUCUCUCUCCUACCCGCCUCCCGCUCUGCACCCAACACAGUGAGUUACCUCUCUCUCCUACCCUGCCUCUCGCUCUGCACCCAACACAGUGAGUUACCUCUCUCUCUCUCUCUCUCUCUCCUUUCCCUCUUCCAUCUUUUAGACUGGUACUGAGUUGUGAUUGGCUGUUGUUGUUGAUUGUAGGACAGGCAGGUGACCUGUGUGGCCAAUAAGAAUGGCUCUCAGGCAGACUGUGAGCUGGGGAACCCCUUCAAGCGAGACUCAGAGGUGAGAGACACCAUCAGCUAAUCAUGAUCACUAGCUAAAGCAUGUGUGUGUGCGUGUGUGUGUGCGCUAACAUAUCUCUCUGUGGGUUUAGGUGAAGUUCUACAUCAUCCUGAGUACAGCAGGCAUCUCUCUGAACACCACAGAGCUGGAGAUAGACCUGAAGCUGGAGACGUGAGUAGAGUACACACUCCUCUGUCAUGUCUAUAAUGAAAUAGAGAUGGAUUUGACCAACAGUGCUGAUUUGAUCUCUGACCUUUCAGGACAAGUGACCAGCAGAAGGUGGGCGGAGUCAAGGCCAAGGCCAAAGUGGUGAUCGAGCUGCAGCUGUCCCUCACAGGGUAAAAAAAUAUUAUUUGCCAGCUGCUCACUUUAAUGUGCUUUUGCACGUGAGACCAAAUGUCACACCUCCCAGCAUCUAAGCUUCAGUAAGGUGUUGUGUGUGUUUGUGCUCACGGUGUGUUACCUGUUUCCCCAGAGUGGCCAAGCCCUCCCAGGUCUAUUUCACUGGAGAGGUCAAAGGUGAGAGCGCCAUGAAGUCAGAGGGAGACAUCGGCAGCCCGAUCGAGUACGAGUUCAGGGUAAGGAUUGUCUUUUUAUUUAUUUUCAUAAACACAAAAAAAACACAAUUAUCAUACCGAACAGGGUUAUUCAUAUUUCAUUAUAAACUGAACUGACCUAUCCUUCGAUUGUCUUUUGAUUGACAGGUGAUCAACCUAGGGAAGCCCCUGAAGACCUAUGGCACCGCCUCCCUGAUCAUCAAUUGGCCGAAGGAAACCGUGGAGGGGAAGUGGAUCCUGUACCUGGUGAAGAUUGACUCCCAAGGUCUGGAACAGAUCACAUGCUCUCCAGAGAGAGAGAUCAACCCACUCACUGUCAAAGAGGUUAGCAAGUACUGAAGACAAUUGGGGUGGGGGGGUUCAUACACAGUCAAACAGUCAAACUCCAACACAAUAACAGUCCCAAUACAGUUAACUCUGUUGUACGGUGCUUACCAAGGGAAGGUUUGUUCCAAAUGACCAUAUAUCUAACUUCUGUUACACUGUGUUCAGGAGAGGAGCAGUAGCAGGAGGAGGCCAAAUGACCAUAUAUCUAACUUCUGUUACACUGUGUUCAGGAGAGGAGCAGUAGCAGGAGGAGGCGGGCUGUAGGGGAGACAGACAAACCUGAGGGAACCAUCGCACUGCUGACUGACAAGAGGAAAUACACUACUCUGGUAACACAACUCUCCUUCUCUCCCAGUUUAUCAAUGUUUAAAUGUUGUGUUGUUAGUCGUGUACGAGCUAUACUGUAAUAUGGUGUGUGUGUUCCAGUCGUGUGAGGAUGGGGCAAAGUGUGUGGAGAUUCGCUGCUCCAUAAAGGGCCUGGACAGUAAUGCAGUCAUCCUGCUCAGGGCUCGCCUCUGGAACAGCACAUUCCUGGAGGUAAGACACGCACAUGCACGCACGCACGCACGCACGCACGCACGCACGCACGCACGCACGCACGCACGCACGCACGCACACACACACACACACACACACACACACACACACACACACACACACACACACACACACACACACACACACACACCUCUCUCUUUGAUAUUUGACUGCACCUCAAUGCCCUGUCCGCACUCACAUCCCUCUGUGAUUCCCAACAGGAGUACUCCAAGCUGAACUAUCUGGACGUGAUAGUGAAAGCCUCUCUCAGAGUGGACGGCACAGCUAAGAACAUGGUCCUGAGGAACCCUGAGACACAGGUACUUUAUCAGUUUCACAUUUCAAACACGAACAUAUUUCACUUUAUUUUACUUUCUAUUGAUUUUCUAUUGAUGUUGUCUUUCUCAGGUGAGAGUGACAGUGUUCCCAGAGCGUCGUGUGGCUCAGUACGGAGGACUGCCAUGGUGGAUCAUCCUGGUGGCCAUCUUGUUAGGACUGCUGCUGCUCGGCCUGCUGGUCUUCCUGCUCUGGAAGGUAAGACAGAAUGGGGGAGCACAGAGAAAGUGUUUACAGUAUAUACAAUAUGAAUACACACACACACACCCACAUACUCACACACACACAUCCACAUACUCACGCACACACACACACAUCCACAUACUCACACACAAACACACACACACAUAAACACACAUCCACAUACUCACAAACACAUACACACAUCUACAUACUCACACACAAACAUCCACAUACUCACACACACACACACACAUCCACAUACUCACACACAAACAUCCACAUACUCACACACAUCCACAUACUCACACACACACACACAUCAACAUACUCACACACACACACACUAAUGCGUUACUUCUCUCUAGUGUGGUUUCUUCGGGAAGAAGAAAGAGGAUGCCCCUCCCUCUGACAAAGAGCGAUUGACGCCGUCUGAUGCAUAAAGAGAGAAAGAGAGAGAAAGACGCUGUCAGUCUCUGGGGUAAACAUAUCUAUACCCACCUUCAGUGUACAUGCCUGUUGGGGCACAGAGUGGCAUGA